AUGGAUCAACAAUUAUCGAAUAUUAAUUUAAAAGCUUACAAUGCGAUUAAUACAGAUAAUGUAGACAUAAAUUACGAUACGAUCACAUCUCGCAAUGGUAAUGAAAAUAUGCAUUUACUUUCAUCGAUCAAAUCGUCUGAAGACAUGACAAUGAAUUCAAUUGGUUUUGAUCAAAUUGCAAGCAGUCAUGUUGAGCUAAUGAAACUAUUUCAGAGAGACCUAUCUCUAUUAACAUAUAAAGUCGAUAUUCUACAAAUUAAUUCUGAUAUCAACACAAUACUUAUGACAGAUAUAUUUCCAUUGAUUUAUGUUCGUUGUAAAGACGCUAUUGAAGAAAUUAUAGCUAUUAUGAAAAAACAAGAACAACUAAUGUUAAAUAUAUUUUUGAAACAAAAUCUAGAAGAAAAUGAAAAUAUUGAUCAGUCUAUUCCGACCGAUCCAUUUCCUGAAACUUUUUCCACGGAUAUGGAUGAAUGUAAUAUCGAUAAUACAAACGAAUCUGAUGGUGACAAACAAGAAAUGGAACAAGCUAAAUUUAAUGUUCAAAAAGUAUCUUAUUUUUCUAUACAAUCAUUAACAUCUUUAUUGAUGAUUUUAAUUAAAUCAGCAGAAAAAAAUGAUCCAACAUUUGUUCAAGAACUAUUAACAUUAGCAAUUCAAUUGUGUGAUCAAAUUCCAAUAAAUUCUUUUAUAUCAUUCAAAUUCUCACCAAUUAUUGAUAGUUACUGGUUCAAAUCCUUACAACCAUUGACAAAUUAUAUAAAUGAAUUAUCAUUAUCACAAAAUGUCAUGAUAGCAAAUAAAGCUAUGAAAAUUCUAUUGAGUAUUUCUAUCGCAAAAGCAUCAUUUGAAGAUAUUCUACCGAUUCUAAGAAAAUUGAUAUUCAACAAAGUUAAUAUAUAUAAUGCUCGAAAUUUAUUUAUACGAUUGAAUCAUACCAUGACCAAAGCUCUUAAUAAAAUGGAGAAGAUAAAACAACAAAAAAAUAAUGAUUCUGAUAAUAAAUUUGAAGAAGUCAUAAAUGAUAAUGUAACAUCAAUUGAAUCAAUAGACUAUUUGAAAGUAAUUGGUGCAUUUCCAAAUUCACGAUUAAUUCGAUUAAAUGAAAAAGAAUUUACUGGACCGUUUGUUGCAUCUAUUAUUUUGGCACACAUUGAUUUUUAUAAUGAAAUUCAUUCAAUUGAACAAUUCAAACAGGGUUCAAUUGAUAGUUCAAUUUCAUUCGAAUUUCAUUUGGAUACAUUCGAACAAUUAUUUCAUAUUAUCGAACAAUUAAUAACAACCAAGUUAACAGAUUCAAAUAUAGUCAUUCGUCAUAUUCUAACUGUUUGUGUAAGGUUAUUUAGCACACAUUUAAAAUUUUUAUGUACUGCAAUGUCAACUAUUGACAAAGAUUUAUUUUCGAUAAGUGAUGAAUGGAAAAAAGUCAUUCAACUUACAUCGACCAAACCAAAUUAUCAUAUUGAUUUAUCAAGAUUUUUAAAUGAUAAUAAAUUUAAUUUAUGGUUUGAUCUUUUAUUGAAAUUAAUUAAUAAUAACAAUGAAAAUUUAGAACAAAUAACUAUUUGUCGAGAAGCAACUAAAGCUAUUAUUUAUAUAAUUGAUAAAAAAGUAUCAUCAUUUGUGGAAAAAUUAUCAUUUUUUCAUACAACUAUUAUUGAAAAUAAAUAUUCUUUAUUAGCUGAACAAAUAUUUCCAGAAUUGAAGAAAAGUGUUAUCUUAUUAAACUGGAUUGAAAUAUUAAUCAAUGAUGACAAUUCAUACAAGUCUGCUGAGAAAACAGUAACAUCAAGAAUAUUGUAUUCAUUUAUUGAUAUUUAUUUCAAUUCAUUACACCAUAUCAAUCCAAAACACAAAGAUCAAAUCAAACAAAUAUUACUUAAAUUUCAAGAACUUUUAUUAAUUCGAUUAAUAUCACCAUCUCGAAUUGAAACUAUUCUAAACAAGGACAAAACUCAAGAUGAAUUACAUAUACUUUCUAUUUCUCAUAAUGCUAUAUCGUUUGUGAUUGAUUAUUUCACUUAUAUGUUAAAUAUUUGCAAUGAUAAUGAUUUAUUGAAUUCAAUAUUUGUUAGUUUGUGUUUAAUGAUAAAAACAGAAAAUAUUUUUAAUUUUGACAUAAUUCAAUCGAUUAUUACAGCACUAUUACCAAUAGUAGUAAAACAUCUAUUGAAAAAUAUUAUCAAUUAUGAAUAUGAAAAAAAUAAUUUAUAUUCCAUAUGUUGGCUAAUAGGUAAAAUGAGUAAUCUGAUGAUUAUUGGUACUGAACAAAAUUCAUUAGAAUUAAAAUAUAAUAAUAAAUUGAAAUCCAUUUUAUUUUCUGGUGGAUGUGAACAAAUAAUAAUUGAAAACAACAAAUAUCUGUUCGAUUUAUACAAAUCGAAUCUUGCUGUUUAUAGUCAAUUUAAAUCAUAUAAUGAAAUGCAACAAUCAUCAUCAUCAUCUUCAGAUGAUGAAGAAUUUUUAAUGUCUAUUUAUAAUAAUACUGGUGAAGGUGCAAGAUUAAUAUCAAAUAUGAAAGAAUAUGUUGAAGAUAGACAAAAAUUAUUGAAAUCAAUUGAACAACAAGCAAAUGAUGCAUGUGCCGCUUUAUUUGCUGUUUAUAUUAAACAUUAUCGACAAAUUGAUCUUGCUAAAAAAGAAUUAUUACGAAUAAAUGAUAAAAAACAACCUCAUAAUAAACUAUUAUCAAUUUAUGAAUAUGCAAAUGAUAUUAAAAUUUUAUUUACUACAACAAAAGCACAAGAUGGUAAUUUAGAUGAACUUUAUAAACAAAUUAAAAUGAAUACAUUAUUUCUACUCUUACAUGUUAAAGAAACAAAUUUAAUAUCAAUCAUUGAAGAAGAUGAACAUUUAUCAUCAGUACCAAUUUUAAUAAAUGCACAACCAAAAAAACGUAUAUCAUUUCAACGACAAGUAUCAGGAUGGUCAAAAGCUAAAUAUGUUCUUCGAUUACUACGUAAUACAAUGCAAGCAUGUAUUCGAUUUAAAAAAUUGAUUUUAGCUAAAAGACAAACUAAAGAAAUACAUAGUAUUGAAAGUAAUUUAAAUCGAUUAAUUGAUGCUUUUGUUUAUGGUGAUUUUUAUAAAAGUACUAUACCAAUAACAAAUGAAGAAAAGAAAUUCGAAUUAGAUGAACUUUGUCAAUGUAUGUCUCGAUACUAUGAACGAGCAGUGAUACGAUUAAUUACAUAUCAAUUUAUUCAUAAAUUUAUUCAAAAUCUAUUAGAAAUUAAUGAUCAAAAUCGUAUUAUAAUAAUUUUAAAUCUUUAUUUACCACAUUUAAGAAAUUCCAAUAUCGAAUGGUCCUAUUUGGAAAAUAUUCAAGCAACAAAUAAUCAACUUAAAGAACAAAUUACUAGUACAUAUUAUUCAAUUAUUAAAACUAUAUUGUCUUUUAUUUUAAAAUUAAAAACAUUAAAACCAAAAUUAUUAGUACAAAACAUGUUCAAUUUACUUAAUUUAUCCUAUGAAUCUAUUGAUAUUAUCUAUUUAAAUCAGAAUCAAUUUUGUGAAACAUUAUUUGUAUCAUUUAUUAGUUUUACUAAAGAUUCAAAUCAUAUCAUUUCAUUGGAUACAAAAUUAACUGCAUACAAUUGGUUUCGUUUUUAUAUUUUCAAAUUAUGUGAAAUUAUUCAAUUAGAUCAAAUCAAGAGUACAUCAAAUAAAAUCAUAGAAAAACAACAACAAUAUAUCUUUAAUAAACUUAUUUUAAAUGAAAUGAAAUCAUUAAAACAAUUAAAACAAUCAUUACCAAUAGAUGUAAAACAGGAUAUUGAUCAAGAGACAGAAAACCGAAAAUAUUCGUUAAAUAAUGCUGCAAUCGAUUGGUUUAUUAAAGCAGCUACAAAUAUUGAAAAUAAUAUAUCAAUUCAUUCAAGUAAAUUAUCAUCAAAACUUGAUAUUGAACUUUAUACAAAUCAAUUGUUAGUACUAUUACUUCGAUGUAUUUAUUUAUAUGAUAGUAUUCGAUCAAUUUGUGCAAAUAUUGAUUAUAUAGAAGAAUUAUUAUAUAUUUAUCAUAGUAGUAAAAAUCAAAUUACAAUUUUACUUGUAUUAAAAAUUUUACGUAAUAUAAUUCCAUUACUAUCAGACAAUGAAACAACUAUUAUUAUUAUUAUGAAAAAUCUAUUAAAUGAACUUUUAUUUUCAAUUGGUACAAAUUUUAUUAAACAGAAUAUGACAUUAGAAAUAAUGAAUGAAUUAAUAAAUGUCUAUCGUACAAUAAUAUUUUUAAAAUCAUCAUGGCAAAUGAUGGGAAUACAACUUAUUUUUAAUAGUAUUGUAUCAUAUGUAAAUGAGAUCAAUAUGAAAACAUUCAAAAUAAUUGAAACUAUUGAAAUGACUUAUGUUUUUGCAUCAUUAUCUAUUUUAGGUGGUUAUAUUCCAUCAUAUUGUCAAGGUUCUAUUGUUCAAGUCUAUCCAAAUGAAGACAGCAAUGAAUUUGAUUUAGCAUUAAUUAUUGAUAUUAAUACAGAAAAUCAAAAUUCUGAUUCAUCUGAAAUCUUACCCUAUUUUAUUCAAUAUUUACAAACAAAUAAAACUGAAUGGAUUUCAGGAGAAAAAUUACGAAUUCAAAUUAAUAUUCUACCAUCAAAUUUAUUUAUAUUAACAGAUGUCAAUGAUUCAAAUUCUAUGAUACAUUCCCUCUUUGAUGCAUUAGGUUAUAUCAUACAAAUUGAUACAUCAACAACAGAAUCUUUAAUAUUAUUAGAACUAAAACGUCGUUCAAUAUCAACAUUGAGUUAUUUAUUAAAUGAUAAAAAACUUCUUGAAAUAUUCAUGGAAAAAUCUUAUGUAUCAACAAUUGCGAAAUUAGCAAUGUAUGAUUCUUUAUUGAAAAAUUGCUCAUUACCUAUUGAUUUACGUUUAUUUAAUCAAGAACAUUUAGAACAAUAUUGUUUAAGUUUAGAUAAUUGUGUACGAUUUGAACAAAUUAUAGAAACUGAAAAUAAUAAUACUAAUAAUGAAACUACUGAACAAAUCAAUAAUAUAAAAAAUUCAAAUGACACAUCAUUUUAUGUUUGGAAUCAUAAUGAAUUUACUCCAAAUUCAUUAAUUGUGAAUACUCUAUCAAUAACUGCAUUAGAAUACAAUGGAUGGAAACCUUAUGCAUCGAAAUCAGAAAUUGAAUCAUUUGAAAAAGGCCGAAUUGGAGCUAGAGAAAUAUCAAUUGUUUCUUUACCACGUGAUACUAUUGAUCCUAGUAUAAUCAAAGAAUGCGGUGAUAAACAUAAAUUCAAAGGAGAAAUUUAUCUAACUACUUAUCGUCUAUUUGAUUUAUUUCCAACGGUUAUCGUUGAUGAUCUACAAUUGACAAAAGGUAAAUGGUAUUAUUGUGUUCGAUUACCAAUCGGUGGUACUGUUCAAAUCGGUUGGGCAACAACAGGAUUUACAAGUGCUCCUUAUAAUGAUCGUGGUGUAGGUGAUGAUAAAUACUCAUGGUCAUACAAUGGAUUACGUGGUUUUUUGUACAACAAUGGCGAAUUUCAAUGUUCAUCUAGUGGAAUUGAUUGGAAAAAAGAUGAUGUUUGCGGAUGUGGAAUAGAAAUCGAUGGUGAAAAUACUCGAAUUCAAUAUUGGUUAAACGGAACAUUUUUAGGUACAUUUUUUGAACAUCAAACAAAUAUUGGACAAUCAAAAAUAAAAUGUAACAUGUUACCACAUGGACAUACAACAUCCUAUUUUCCUGCUGUUUCUCUUCGAGUACCCUUUUUAGGUUUAGGUUGUAUUGAAUUCAUAUUUAGUCCUGAAGAUAUGACUAAAUGUCCAUUACCAAACGGAUAUAAACCAUUGUUAGUACCACAAGAAAUCAAUAUUGAAAAUUCGAUUGUUCCUUAUCCAUACAAUGCCUAUUUAGUUCAAUGCGAUGAUAUAGAAAAUUAUGUUCAUAAAAGACAAAGUACUAAUUCAACAAAUGUUCUAUGUGAUUUGAUUAAUGAUUAUCAUCUUAAUACUUCAUACAAUUUAGAUAAUUCUGAAUUAUUUUUAUCAAAAGAUAGUAGUGGAUUUCCUUUAUCAAUAGUCAAUUAUCAAUCAUCGCUUACUAUCAGUUUUGAUUUUGAUAUUCUUAAUAGAACUCUCAAUGAUACAAAUGAACAAUUUGAUAUUCAAUUAUUUACAUUAGAAACAACUGAACAAUUUUCCGUACAAAUACCAUUGAAUAAAAUUGAUAAGAAUUCAAUACGAACUGCUAUUGUAAUUUGUUUAGAUGAACAAAAAAUUAAAAUUUAUUUGAAUAAUCUAUGUCAAAUAAUUAAUACUAGUAAUGAAAUACAAACAAUAACAAAUUUUAAUUUUCAUAUUUUACCAAAUCUAGAUGCUAGAAUAAAAAAUAUAGGUAUUUGGAAAUAUGCACUAUGUGAAGAAUAUAUUCAACGUUUGUUUACUUAUAGUCUAUCUUAUGUUGCAAUUGAUUAUAAACAAUUAAAAGAAUAUCGACAAAAAAUGAAUACAUUUACAUUUAGUAAAAAUCAACAACAAUUUGAAAAUGAAUUCCUACUUUCAUUUAAUGAAUCAUUUGAAGAAAGUCUAUGGAAGAAAAAGAAAAAACAAGUUGAUAUUGAUGAAUCGAAAUAUUUUAAAACUAUCGAUGAAACUAAUGAAUCAACAAUACAAUUAUUUGGUAAUAAAACUUAUCUUGUUCUUUCAAAAUCCAUUGAACAAUGGUCAGAAUAUACAUUAAUUCUUGAUAUUUCUAUACCUAAUUUUCCAACAUUCAAUGAACAUUUAACAAUUUUCUCAACAAAUUCAGAAACUGGAAUUUAUAUUACACAUAGUGGUAAAAUAUGUUUAUUUAAUGAUGGAAAAGUAAAUCAAAGCAAAAUUAUCUUGAAAUUAAAUGAAUAUAUGCGUUUACUUAUUAUGGUUCAAAAGAAAUAUAUUGAAAUUUAUCUAAAUGGAAUAUUACAAAUACAUUCCCAUAUUGAUAUUGAUCAAUUUACAUUAGAAAAUAAUCGAAUUGAUUUAUUUCGAGAACUAGAUUCAUCAAUGAAUACGACAAACGAUGAUAUUGUUCGUAUUGAAUGUAAAUCGAUUACAUUUCUAAAUGAAUUAAUAGAAUCUGAUUUAAUUAAUAAACAAUUGAAAUCAUCAAACUAUUCGUUAACAUCAUUAGUUGCACUACCAUAUUCAUUAAUAGCAUCAAAUUUAAUUGCAAUUGGUUACAAAGACGAAUGGAUAAAAUUAGCUAUGAAAAAGUAUAAUACUACAAAUAGUCAAUUAAUUGAUCAAAUUAUACGUGAAAAUAAAGAUGAAUUAUUAAAAACCGAUCAUGACAAUCAACGAAAACAUGAUUUACUCAUUUUAUCAAGAUUAAAUCCAUUAAUUGAACUAGAAAAUAUUUCUGAAUUCAAUAAUGAUGACGAGAUAACAUUCGUAGGUCAAAUUAUAUGUGAUUGUGGAAAUUUUAAAGAAAUAUCUAAGUUUUUAAAUCAUUCGAUCAGUACAGAAAAUACGGAUAUCAAUAAAUUAGAUACGAAUAUGAGAGUACAAUAUGACAAAACAUGGUAUCAACAAAAAGUUCAUGGUUUAGAUGCACCUGAUAGUGUAAUCGGAUGGUUAAAUGAUACAACAUCGAAAACAGAUUUUUGUGAUGUUUAUCAAUUAUUUGAUUUAAAAAAAUCUGAAAAACAAUUUAUAAAUGAAAUAUUAGAUCAACGAAAAUCAAUUUCUAAGUCCAUUCAAUAUUUUCAUAAAGAAAUAUCCCGAAAACAAUAUUCAGAUUCACGUUUGGCCUGUGAACAUGGAUUAAUAUCGAUCUAUGCUAGUAAUAUUAUUCUUAAUGUAUUGAAAUUAUGGUCAAAUAAUGAUAGAAAUUUAUUUCCCGUGAAAAAACUUGGUGAUUAUUUAUUUAUUGUCAAAUUAUUAAAAUUAUUGGAUUAUCAUUAUACAUAUAGAAGCAUGUAUAUAGAUGAAAAUAUUGAUGGAAUAACUACAUUAAUUCAUUCAAUUCUUCAAUUUGAAGUGAAAGAAUUAAUUAAACAUAUAAGUAUUAAUAAAGAAGCUACCGUUAAAAUAUUACAAAAUAAAGCUCCACUACUUUACGAAUUACAAAAAGAUAUUAUUAUUCAUUUAGUUCGUUUCGUAUUAAAACCUUCAUCAUGUUUAUAUGAAUUUAACAAUCAAGAAUCAUCAAUUAUUGAUGAUGAAAUUAUGAUUAAACAAUCAAAUUUUAAUUUCAUUUUCAAAAUAUUAAAUAUCUUCAUUAAAUUGGCAACUGACAAAUCUAUGAAGCAAGAUGAAAUCGAUUCAUUUCUUCCACUUCUUUUCCGAGAUUCAUUCAUUAAUCUACUGUUCCAUUUAUUUUUAUUACUUCCAAACCAUCAUUCAAAAACAUUUAUUCUUCGUCUAUUCAUUACGUAA